CUUGUCCUCACGGCGUCGUUGUCGUUCCCACUGCUGAAGCUCUCUUUUUUUUUUCUUCACUAUAAGAGGGGGACCUGAGAAGUCCUGACAGAGGCGGCACCAUGACAGCUGUCGAAACCCAUAUCACAUACAGCAACUCCUAUACGAUCACCCAGGAAGAGAGGUACAUGAACCAGGAGGACGACUGGGACAGGGACCUGCUGCUGGACCCCGCCUGGGAGAAGCAGCAGAGGAAGACCUUCACAGCUUGGUGCAACUCCCACUUGAGGAAGGCCGGGACACAGAUCGAGAACAUUGAGGAGGAUUUCAGAAAUGGCCUCAAACUCAUGCUGCUGCUGGAGGUCAUAUCAGGUGAGAGGCUGCCCAAACCCGACAAAGGCAAGAUGCGUUUCCACAAGAUCGCCAACGUGAACAAAGCCCUGGACUUCAUCUGCAGCAAGGGCGUCAAGCUGGUGUCCAUCGGUGCCGAGGAAAUUGUUGACGGUAAUGUGAAGAUGACCCUGGGUAUGAUCUGGACCAUCAUCCUGCGCUUUGCCAUCCAGGACAUUUCUGUGGAAGAGACUUCUGCCAAGGAGGGUCUGCUGCUGUGGUGCCAGAGGAAGACUGCCCCCUACAGGAACGUCAACGUGCAGAACUUCCACAUCAGUUGGAAGGAUGGCCUGGCUCUGUGUGCCCUCAUCCACAGACACAGACCUGACCUUAUUGACUACUCCAAACUGAGAAAGGACGACCCCAUUGGUAACCUGAACACCGCCUUCGAGGUGGCCGAGAAGUUCCUGGACAUCCCCAAGAUGCUCGACGCUGAAGAUAUUGUGAACACACCCAAACCUGAUGAGAAGGCCAUCAUGACCUACGUGUCCUGCUUCUACCACGCCUUCGCUGGAGCUGAACAGGCUGAGACAGCUGCCAACCGUAUCUGCAAGGUUCUGGCCGUCAACCAGGAGAACGAGAAACUGAUGGAGGAGUACGAGAAGCUGGCCAGCGAGCUGCUGGAGUGGAUCCGCCGCACCAUGCCCUGGCUGGAGAACCGCGUGGCCGAGCAGACCAUGCGCGCCAUGCAGCAGAAGCUGGAGGAUUUCCGUGACUACCGCCGCAUCCACAAGCCGCCACGCGUGCAGGAGAAAUGUCAGCUGGAGAUCAACUUCAACACCCUGCAGACCAAGCUGAGGCUCAGCAACAGGCCCGCCUUCAUGCCCUCUGAGGGCAAGAUGGUGUCGGAUAUCGCCAACGCCUGGAAGGGUCUGGAGCAGGUGGAGAAGGGCUACGAGGAGUGGCUGCUGACAGAGAUCCGUCGUCUGGAGAGACUCGACCACUUGGCUGAGAAGUUCAAGCAGAAGUGUUCGAUGCACGAGACCUGGACUGCAGGUAAGGAGGAGCUGCUGUCCCAGAAGGACUACGAGUCGGCCUCUCUGAUGGAGAUCAGAGCUCUGAUGAGGAAGCACGAGGCCUUCGAGAGCGACCUCGCCGCUCACCAGGACAGAGUGGAGCAGAUCGCUGCCAUCGCCCAGGAACUCAAUGAGCUGGAUUACCACGAUGCUGCCUCAGUCAACUCUCGCUGUCAGGGCAUCUGUGACCAGUGGGACAACCUGGGCACUCUGACCCAGAAGAGGAGGGACGCACUGGAGCGCGUGGAGAAACUGUGGGAAACUAUCGACCAGCUGUAUCUGGAGUUUGCCAAGAGGGCGGCGCCCUUCAACAACUGGAUGGACGGAGCCAUGGAGGACCUGCAGGACAUGUUCAUCGUUCACAGCAUCGAGGAGAUCCAGAGUCUGAUCACAGCUCACGACCAGUUCAAGGCCACUCUGCCCGAGGCCGACAAAGAGCGCAUGGCCACGCUGGGCAUCCACAACGAGAUCCUGAAGAUCGCCCAGACCUACGGAAUCAAGCUGUCCGGAAUCAACCCGUACACUAACCUCUCCUCCCAGGACAUCAGCACUAAGUGGGACACUGUGAAGCACCUCGUGCCCCUCAGAGACCAAAUGCUCCAGGAGGAGGUGGCCAGACAGCAGGCCAACGAGAGACUGAGGCGCCAGUUUGCUGCCCAGGCCAACAUCAUCGGACCCUGGAUUCAAACCAAGAUGGAGGAGAUCAGCCACGUGUCCGUGGACAUCGCCGGCUCCCUGGAGGAACAGAUGAACAGCCUCAAACAGUACGAGCAGAACAUCAUCAACUACAAAUCCAACAUCGACAAGCUGGAGGGCGACCACCAGCUCAGCCAGGAGUCCCUCAUCUUCGACAACAAGCACACCAACUACUCCAUGGAGCACAUCCGCGUGGGCUGGGAGCAGCUGCUCACCACCAUCGCCAGAACCAUCAACGAGGUGGAGAACCAGAUCCUGACCCGCGACGCCAAGGGCAUCAGCCAGGAGCAGCUCAACGAGUUCAGAGCCUCCUUCAACCACUUCGACAGGAAGAGAAACGGCAUGAUGGACCCAGACGACUUCCGCGCCUGCCUCAUCUCCAUGGGCUACGAUCUGGGUGAGGUGGAGUUUGCUCGCAUCAUGACCCUGGUCGACCCCAACAACAUGGGCGUGGUCACCUUCCAGGCCUUCAUCGACUUCAUGACCCGCGAGACUGCCGAGACGGACACCGCAGAACAGGUCAUGGCCUCCUUCAAGAUUCUGGCCUCAGACAAGUGCUACAUCACAGUGGAGGAGCUUCGCAGGGAGCUGCCACCAGAGCAGGCCGAGUACUGCAUCAGCCGCAUGACCAGGUUCACCGGACCCAGCAGUCCCACCGACGCCCUGGACUACAUCUCCUUCUCCAGCGCCCUCUACGGCGAGAGCGACUUAUAAGAAAGAAAAAAAACAAAACCCUCCUCUCAUCCCUUCUUCCCAGCUUCCCCCUCUAUAUUUUCUCCUGUUUUGGGAGAGAGCAAUUUUAAAACCCUUCCACUGUCCUCCUUAACAGGCUUUGUUCUUAUCAUCUUUUCCUCUCCUCUCCCUCCUUCCCUUCCUCCCUUGUCCUCAUACACUGCCUAGAGAGGGGUGAGAGUAGAAGACUCUGCUCAAAUCUGGACCGUCCCCUCUUUUCAAGUGCCUUAAAGAAAAACAACAAACAGAAAUGUGCCAGGUAUUGCACUGAACUUAUGUAAAGGAACGUACAUAUAAACAUACCUGUAUUUAUUUAUUUAGGAGACGAUACAAGGGAGAAAGAAGUUUGAAAAAUAAAAAGUGUUGAGCAAAGCCUCCUGCUCUCCCUCCCCUCCCUCCCUCCCUCUCUCUUUCUCUAUCCUUCAGAUGACAUAUUUUUUUUGUAGAAGGGUAAAUUAAUUAAAGAAGGAAUCGUGAUAUAAAAAAAACAAGCUGGUUGGUCAGUUGGCUUGGUUGUGUAUUUGUGCAGAUGCAUGCUUGUUGUUGAAGUUUAGAAAAAUGCUGCUGUAUGUGUGAGUCUCAGACUCUUUCUUCCCUUAAUCGUACAAUCAAAAAAAAGAUCACAAAACCGUAUUUGCCGAGGAGAAACGCGAGACAGGUGCUGCCACAGAUUUAUUUUUAUGUAAGAAUACACCACAGGACGACAGACGGGCCACGUGAGCGAUUUAAAAAGCUCCAGUGUGUCAGAUUUAGUGACAUCUACUGGUGAGGCUGCAGAUUGCAAUUAAUGGCAAAGAUGACUCUUGUCGGAUUUUUCUUGUGUGCGUUUCUGCUUUUUUAACUCUUACUUUCCUCCAGUGUUCAACUUUCCAAAAUGAGUGUUUUUAAUUAUGUCGCCAUUACAUGUAUGGGGAAAGAACACAUUCUUCUUUCCUCAUUGGUUUCUUGCAGUUACACAUGUUUACCACUAGAUGGCACACUGCAUUAUUUAAAAAAGAUGUAUGGCUUUUGCUUUAAUAUAAGAGCAGUUAAAAUACACUUGUUUUUUAUGAACACUGGAGAAAAAGUCACAUAUUCAGUUUUGUCGUAAACCCAAAUAAAUCUUACACACUGGUCCUUUAAAAUCGUAUAAAGCCCAGAAUGUGAAAGGAAAGAUGAACGAGAGAAUCUAAAACGUUGACACGCAGAGAGAGAGAGUGAGGGAGCAACUCGACGCAAAGCACUGUGGGUUAAAACGUAGACAUGGCUAAAUGAAGGAAGACAAAGAAAGAUAAAACCGUCACGUCCAGAGAGAGCGAUCCCGCUCUCGACGUCCAAACGUCCACGAGGAGGAGAGACGUUGGACGGAGAGAGUGUGUGCGGCGAGGGGGACGGACAGGGCAUCGGAGGGGGAAAGUUGUGGACAUAAAUACGGAGAAUUGAAACUGUACGUGGGACCGCGGCAGGCUUGUGUUAGCGAGGAAAUCCCAGGGUUUUUAAAAAUAAAAAAAAAUGGCGGACGAGCUAUGAUGACGAUAAAAAACAAAAACCCAGUGCAAGUUGACUGUUCUUCCCUCUUCGUUUCUGCUUCAUUCUUUUCCUCCACAUCAUCUUAAAACCCACUGUGUCAAUCCCUGACGUCACAAAUAACAGUUUCACUUUAAAGUUCAACUUGGAAUAAAAAAGGAAAACUAUAUUACUAAA